AUGAAGUCCUUCUUUGCUAUUAUUCUUCCCAUUGUCUCGCUUGCCGUAGCUCAAGACCUGCCAACUUGUGCUGGAACCUUGAAAUGCUGCGCCGGAGUGACACCCUACUCGGUCCUGCCCAACGAAAUUCUCGCCGAUUACGGUGUGGAUGCUGAAGAUGAGGGCAACAUCUGUGGUAAUAGCACUGCCGUCACAGAGGAUUUCGAUGUGGAGAUCUGUGAUGUCGUUGGGGAUACAGUUCAGUGCUGCCUGCCAUUUGUUCAAAGAGGAGAGCUCCCCGAAGAUUUGACAUUCAACUGCCACGACGUUUAG